CAUUUUAAGCAAACGCUUCAUGAACUUCUUGGAGAAAAAAAAAACUGUGAACAUGGCAGGGUGGGCGGAGCUACCAGGAGAUCUCCUACUCUUAAUAGCCAAAACACUCGAAACCCAGAUGGAUUAUCUCCGUUUUAGAUCUGUCUGUCCCUCCUGGAGAUCCGCAGCUCCACCAAAGCCUCGAGAUCUCCUCGGCCAUUCCUCUGUUUCUGAUAACUCUUCCACCUGUUCGAACAAUUACCACGUCUCCAAACGCACCAUAUACCUCAUCGAAUCGCCUGAAAGAACUCAUCAGAACCAACCAUCAACUCAACAAUGGUUGAUUAAGGUAGAGGAAGAUGUCUCCGGCAGGAUGCAUCUGCUGCAUCCACUCUGCAACUCCACCUUCAAAACCCUUCACUUUCCAAGAGUGAUAGAUUUAUUGAAUACCCGUGUUUAUCAACUGGGUCAUGAGUAUGAUCGUCAAUACAGAACAAAUUACAAGCCUGCCAAUGAUCCAUCCAGAGGAACAAGCCAAUUCCUGCAUAUGGGUAAGGUUGCUUUUAUGGGUUUGAGUUGUGAUAGUGAUGAGUAUGUAUUGCUUGGGCCUUCUUCUUCUGGGGGAUUGACCAUGUUCAAUUCCAGAGAUAACCAAUGGACUGAAUUGGGUGAUCAGUGUUCACAGUAUGUGAAUGUUAUUGCUUUCCAUGGCAAGUUCUAUGCCAUUGACAAAAUAGGAAUGGCAUCCAUCAUUGACCCAAAUUGUUCAUCAAAUCUGACCUCAAUUGAGCCUUUAAGUUUUGGUGAUGACACCAAGAACUUCUUGGUUGAAUCAAGUGGUGAUUUAUUGUUGGUCAAUAUGUACAUAUCUUCUUGGGUUAGGCAAUACUGGGAUUUCAAGCCAAUUGACAACAAUAGCAUUUUCAGUAUCACUGUGUUCAAGUUGGAUGGCCAGAUAUGGGAACCAGUGAAAAGUUUAGGAGACAGUGUGUUAUUUCUGAGUGAGCAGUCCUCAUUUGCAGCUUCCGCAGCAUCUCAUCUUUCUGGAGUCCAAGGAAACUGCAUAAUCUUUAGGUAUGAUUCCUUUAUGUACAGUGAGGAGGAAGAUGAUCAAUCAAAGAUGAGUAGCACAUAUGUCUUUGAUCUUGAAGAUGGUAAUAUCAAAUGUGCAAAGGAAAAGCCAGAGUAUUCCAACUUGUUCUGGCCUCCUCCUGAUUGGGUAACUUCAGUGUAAAAAAUGAAAGAUUGUAAGAGUGUGUCCAUUUUCCCCACCAUGUAAUUCCACUUGUGACUAGUAGUAAACCUUAUGUCAGCUCCCACCUUUCCUAUGGCUUGAAUUUUCUACUAAACAAGUUAUAAUAUUCAAUAUUGUGGUUUUUUUA